AUGUCCCUUACCGAGUCUUCUGCCAUUGAUAUCGCUAGGACUGCUUCUCUAGCAUCUCGAGGUCUGGCAACUUUAUCUGAAGCCGACCGCAAUGGAGCUUUGACGGCACUACAUGAUGCGCUGUUAAGACAUAAGGAGUCUAUAUUGGAGGCAAAUGCUAGGGAUGUUGAGAUGGCGAGUCGGGCCGCUGCAAGUGGUAAUCUAAGCCAAAGCGUUCUUAAGAGACUUGACUUGUCACGACCGGGAAAAUACGAUGAUAUGCUGAAGGGCAUACUUGAUGUUCGAGAUUUACAAGACCCGAUUGGACAUGUGACUCUAAGGACACUUCUUGAUGACGGUCUAGUGCUUGAAAGAGUGAGCUGUCCUAUAGGUGUCCUGCUGAUAAUCUUUGAGGCGCGCCCCGAAGUUAUUGCGAAUAUAGCUGCUUUAUCUAUUAAGUCGGGAAAUGCUGCAAUUCUCAAAGGCGGCAAGGAAUCUACGGAGUCUUUUGUUGCUAUCUCGCAGGUUAUUUCAGACGCCAUAUCGAGUACCCAGGUUCCUAAAUCGUCAGUGCAGCUCGUGAAAACGAGGGAUGUGAUUUCUUCUUUACUAGCCCAAGACUCAUUAAUCGAUCUUGUCAUACCUCGCGGGUCGAAUGAUCUCGUUCGAUUUGUGAAGGACAACACAAAGAUCCCUGUUCUCGGACAUGCUGAUGGCCUUUGUUCCGCAUAUCUUCAUUUCGAUGCAGAUCCGGAGGUCGCAGUUAAGGUCAUUGUGGACUCUAAGACUGACUAUCCAGCUGCAUGCAAUUCCCUAGAGACAUUACUUGUACACCAAGAUGUUCUUGAAACUAUGUUUCCUACUAUCGCAGAUGCCUUGUUCUCUAAAGGAGUGUCUCUUCGUUGUGACGCGCCAGCUAAGGCUGCAUUAAUGAAGACCUUGCCAGCUGCACCGAGUCAUCUGCUCCAGGAUGCUAUCGAUUCGGAUUAUCGCACCGAGUUUUUGGAUCUCAUACUCGCAGUGAAAACGAUAGCUUCAACGCCACCUGGAAGUUCGUCGGUUGACGUUGCGGUCGCUCACAUUAAUUCUCACUCCUCUAAGCAUACUGAUAUCAUUUUGACAAGGUCAAAGGACAUUGCGGACGUGUUCAUGAAAGGCGUUGACAGCGCUGGUGUUUUCUGGAAUGCAUCAACAAGAUUCGCAGAUGGUAUGAGGUACGGAUUUGGCACUGAGGUCGGCAUCAGCACAAAUAAGAUUCAUACCAGGGGACCUGUAGGGUUAGAUGGCUUAACCAUCUACAAGUAUCUGGUCCGGGGUGAUGGUCAUCGGGCAUGUGAUUAUUCUGAAGGGGGUAAAACAUGGAAACAUCAAAGCCUACCACUUUAG